AUGAAGCGCGCGAUUGCUCUCGCUGUGGGCAUCUUUAUCAACGCAGUGGCGGGUGACGCCAUCACCAAGUCGACGUACGCGGGCUCCAGCGGGCUCCACGACAUGGCUACGGCUGCGGGCAAGUACAUGGGCACUGCGGUGGACCAGGACAUGAAGGACACCGCCGCACUCAAAGUGCUCAAAAACAUCAACGAUUUCGGCAUGCUCACCCCCGGUAACUCCAUGAAGUGGGAUGCUACCGAGUACACGCAAGGCUCUUUCAAGUUUGAUUCCGCUGAUGCGCUUGUCGCUCUCGCUAAGGAAAUGGGCGCUCAAGUGCGUUGCCACACCUUGGUUUGGCAUUCGCAGACUCCCCAGUGGCUCCAGAGUCUGAACAAACAGCAGAUGCUGAGUGCGCUGGAGAACCACAUCACCAAGGUCAUGACGCACUUCGGGGACUCGUGCUACGCCUGGGACGUCGCCAACGAAGUUAUGGGCGACAACGCGCAGAUGCGCGAUUCCUUCUGGUACAAGACGACGGGCAUGGACUUCCUCACGACCGCCUUCAAGACUGCCAACAAGGUCAAGAAGUCCCUUGGUCUCAAGACGAAACUGUACUACAACGACUACAACACCAACACGAUCAACGACAAGUCGACGGCAGUGCUCAACAUGGUCAAGAAGCUGCUGGACGACGGCAUCACCGUUGACGGUGUCGGCUUCCAGUCGCAUUUCAAGUACUCCGACACGUCCUCCGCCGCGGAUCAAGUGGCGAACUUGGAGCGCUUCACUGCUCUCGGACUGGACGUGGCACUCACUGAGGUCGACGUCACUGCCAGUUCGUCCUCGCCGUCCGCACAGGAGCAGACCCAGCAGGCGAAUGUGUACAAGAACACCGUUGCGGCUUGCAAGCAGGUGGAGAAGUGCGUCGGUGUCACGAUCUGGGGCUACGACGACAACUACUCGUGGCUCAGCACGAAGGCGCCGCUGCCGUGGUACCAGCCCGGCGGACCCAACACGGCUCUGGUGCGUAAGUCUCUGUACGACGGCAUUGUGGCUGGCUGGGGAGGAGCGAGUGCUAGCAGCACGAAGAACUGGGGAUUCGGAAAGACGGGUGUCAACACCCCCGGAACGGUGAAGCCUGCGAACGGCAUGAACCUGCAAAACUAG